UGGCCACGCACGCAUAAGUUGUUCAGAAAGAGUGUGUUAACGAACAGAGUCAUACUAUUCGUACAGACAGGACACACAACAAGGUCUCCUAUAAAUGCGUGCGCGUUCGUUCACGAGUACCAGUCGAGGUUGGUUGGUGGGUGCAAGGUACGCACGCGCCAAACCUAUCACUCAACACACCAACAUAUAUAUAUAUACAUUUCAUUAUCUUUGUUUAUAUCUGUUUUUUUUUUCUAAAUUCAAUUCCUCGUUCCUUUCUCUCUAACACAUUCUCUUUAUAUAAUAUACGUACAUACAUACCUUCCUUCCUUCCUUCCUUUCUUCCCUCCCUCCCUACCUCGUGUCACUCGUGUCACAGUUUAGUUGACAAUGACGUGGAGAUUUAUCGUAACGCAAGAUGCAUCAUCAAAUUAUAUCAAUGAACGAGGAUAAUAACAACACAGUGUUUUGCGCGGGCAACAGUUCGAUCGUACACAAUUCUACUGGGAAUAUCGAAUUUAUCGAUUGAUUUGAAAAGUGUCAUUAACGAAAGUUUGUUAUCGUGAGGAUUGUAUUGAGUUUUUAUUAUUUGAAUAAAUUAUAAUAGAGAGAAGUUAGUGGACUGUUGUAAAAAAUAAGAAAAGUAGGUUGUACAGAUUUAACAAGGAAGUUUUCAUCGAUCGUUCAUUUGUAAAAUAGUUUCAUAAUUCACAUUUAUCGUGAAAACUAGAACUGUAGAACUGUUCUUGCAUUUCAUUUUUUUUUUUUUCAAUACUAGUUAUUGACGUGCAAGAAAAAAAAUGUAAAUUAAAAAUCGUAAACUCGAUCAAAGUUUAAUCGAUAUUAAUCGAUUGUUGAUAACAAUGACGGUAAUCGAUUUAAACUUAAAAAUAAUUCAAAAUUCAUUUCUUUCUUUAUCGCGAGAAAGAGAAUCGAAUGUUGAUUAAUUUUUCUUUUUGUCUUUGUCCAAUGUUUACGUACACGCAUGUACGUUGUGUAUAUUCAUCGAUCCACGGCUUUUGAUUUGUAACAGCAAUACCUCACGUGCUACGAUCGGAUCGAUUAUAAUGUUUCAGUGAUAAAUAAAUCGAUACGUUAUCACUUGACUCGUUUAAAAGUGAACGUAAAUACGUAAUUCAACCUGUCGAUUGAAUUCUUAAUUUUUAAACGAGAUACUAUCGAUCACCAAUUAAAUCGUAAAUCUUUUCCAAUAAUUCUAAGAAUACGAAUUGUCGCGUUUGGAAUGUUAAACGCGUGACUGAACGAACAUUCUUUUCUUAUCGUAUGAGAUUACUUAUUACGUAGAUAAGAAAUUUUCGUAACUAUCGAAAAUAAAGUGCAAAAUAUCUUUCGUUUUACGAGUAAACAAAAAAAUAAAACGCGUUCGAUCGUUAUCGAAUAAACAGUAAAACAAAAGAUUCAAAAUGUUGCAACUGUUGAAAGGAUUUUUAGAUCCUUUCGUUUUAAUUGGAUUACUAUUAGGCAUUUUGUACUUUUAUUUUACGGCAACGUUUAAUUUUUGGGAAAAUUUAUGCGUGCCAUUUAAAAAACCAACCAUUUUGCUCGGUAAUUUCGGACCGUUGCUACUAUUUCGAAAAUCACAACCAGAAGGGAUAAAGGAAAUGUACGAAUGGUUCAAAAACGAAAAAUUCUUUGGAGUAUAUCGCGUCAGAUCACCGAUAUUAAUUCUGAGGGAUCCAGAUCUCGUGAAGAGCAUCUGCGUGAAGGAUUUUGUAUGUUUCGCGAAUCGUGGGAUACCUAUCAAUAACUCUCAGGAUCCAUUAUCUGGUCAUCUUUUCAAUCUGGAAGGAAGAAAAUGGAAGGGCCUGAGAUCAAAAUUGACCCCGACCUUUUCUUCGGGCAAACUCAAACGAAUGUUUUAUUUAUUGGCCGAAUGUUCGGAAGAAUUUCGAAUACUUAUAAACAAAACUUGUGAAAAUAAAACGGCAGUAGAGGUUCGCGAGCUUGCAGCUAAAUUUACGAUAGACGUCAUCGGUAGUUGUGCAUUCGGCAUACAAAUAAAUGCAUUGACCGAUGAGGACUCCGAAUUUCAUAGGGCUGCAAAGAAACUUUCAAGGCCAAGUUACAAGGCAACCUUAUGGAGGAUGCUCCGUACAGCCAUGCCUAAGCUUUACAAGUUCCUAAACGUUCAGGUUAUUGAUCCUGAGGUCACCAUGUUCUUCAAGAACGUUGUCUCCCAGAUGAUCAGACAACGAGAGAUCAGUGACCAGAGGAGACACGAUUUUAUGGAUCUUUUAGUUGAACUGAAGAACAAAGGAAACUUGGAAAACGACACUGGAUCGAUAACUCAGUCCUUGAAUGAAGAUGACGUACAAGCUGCUAAAGAAAUAGUACUCGAUGAAAAUUCCAUUGCGGCCCAGGCGUUCGUUUUCUUCGCAGCUGGUUACGAAACUUCAUCGAACACAAUAGCCUUCUGUCUGCACGAAUUGGCAUUGAAUGAAGAGAUUCAGGAGAAAACCAGGCGAGAUAUUAACGAUGCCAUUACGAAACGAGACGGGAAAUUAACUUACGAUGCCGUACAGGAUAUGAAAUAUCUUGACUUAGUGAUCCUAGAAACUCUUAGAAAGUAUCCACCAGCUCCGUUACUUUCUCGAAGAUGUGAGUACACCUACCAAAUACCCGGAAGCAAAGUAAAACUUCCAGCUGGAAUGAGAGUAGUCAUACCAAUUUACGGUCUCCAUCAUGAUCCAGAACAUUAUCCAGACCCUGAGGUAUUCAAUCCUGACAGAUUCAUUGACGAGAACAAACGAACGAGACACCCAUACACGUAUCUUCCAUUUGGAGAAGGUCCACGUGCUUGUAUAGGAAUCCGGUUUGCACUAUUGCAGAUUAAAAUUGGAAUAAUUUCCUUCUUGAGAAGCCACGGAGUUCAGGUUUCCGAUAAAACGGUUCAUCCUAUCAAAUUCAGCAGACGUAGCCUUGUUACGACCAGCGAAAAUGGUUUUUGGCUUAACAUUACCUCAGAAUCCGAAAAUUCUUAGAUAAUAUUUAUCUAACCAUUGAAUUGCAUGUACUUAAUAUUAUUAUUAUUUUUCUGUUUUUAUAAAGAUUUAUAUUAUUACACAUUUUCAUUAGUUUUUAAAUCAUUCUCUCUUUAUGGUAACAGACUGAUACUCCAAAUUGAAUUUGGUAUUGUUAUAAUAAAAAAGGAAAAAUAUUUCAUUGACGAUGACUUUUGAAUAAAAUUUAUGAAAAGAAAAAUAAAAAACAA